AAUGCAUGCGCCCCCAUUGCUCAGAUUCGAGUGUCAUCAUUCAUUGCUCACCCUUUCUACUUUGCAGAUAGAAUUUCAAGAUAUUGCGCGUAUAUUUUCCGGCUCUCUCAUUGGUCGAUAUCAGUCACGUGGACUGUCAACGUAUGCUAAUGACGUCUUCAUGUCGAAAGCUUGUCAAGGCGAAUUGAUCAAUCAGAAAAUCGACAGCAUGCAGAAAACUGAUACGGACUCUUCAAAUUAUUACGAUGUCUAUCAACAACAGCAAUUUUAUCAUCAAAAUGGAUAUCAUGGAAACUAUCCAGAUUAUACUAAUGAUACUUAUAGACAGCAUUGCCAACAAAUUGCGCCGACAAACUGUCAACAAGAUUAUAAUAAUUACGCGACUCAUCAGACAAAUUUUUGUAAUCCUCAAGAUCAGCAUGGAUUGGUUAAAAAUGAACCAGAAAUAUAUCCUUGGAUGCAGGAUAAUAGAAAAAAUAUAAAAAGAGGGGGAAAGGAACAGCACAUAUCAUCAGCAGGUGGUAGUAUAGAAAGUGCCGAUCAGCCUACAAAGAGAGCUAGAACUGCUUAUACAAGUGCUCAAUUGGUAGAACUGGAAAAAGAAUUUCACUUUAGUCGAUACUUGUGCCGGCCAAGAAGGAUUGAGAUGGCUGCUUUGUUAAAUUUAACAGAGCGGCAAAUAAAAAUCUGGUUCCAGAACCGACGGAUGAAAUACAAAAAGGAACAAAAGAACAAAGAAUCAGGGGGUGCAAUUUCAUCAACAAGCUCUGCCCCAGGAACUCCCUUAAACUCCUCAGCUACAUCCCAAAUAAAUCAAAAUAGAACAUCAACACCUGAAGCAGCAUCUUCUCCUCUCAUAUCUCCUAAGUCUGAAAAGUCGUCAUCGAACGAGGCCGGCUCAGAUGAUCAUGAUAGUGAACUUGGAAAUGUUGAUGAAAAACAACCCAGAUCUCCUGUAACAAUUCCAGUUCAAAGACCGGCACCCCAACCUCAGAGACAUUAUCAAACUCAGCAUCAUAUGGCGAGUGUACCUCAUUAUUAUGCUAAUUAUCACCAUCAAAGUCAAUAUAUACCGGCACACUGUAAUGAAAUCGCUCCUCCUGUAGCUCCACCUACAAUAGGGAUUACGCAUGCGCAGUUGAGCGAUAAUGGCGGAUUAUGUAUGGAUGGAUAUCACGCUCAGGGAUAUAACGGUUUUAAUAAAUUACCGCAUAUUUGAGUGUAUUUUUUAGUGUGAGAGAUUAUUGUAAAAACCAGGGAAAAUAUUUCUAUCGCUCAAAGUUUAUCACCGAUUGUUUAUAUCUGUUCAUAUGUUAGCUCAUGCCCAACUUGUAUAUUUAUGAGAAAAAAAUUAUGCUAUGACACUCUUGCCAUUUAAAUAAUUUGACUAGAUGUGUGUUACUCGAUGGUUCCGAAAUUUUACUGUCUCUAUACACUACGUAUUUGAAUGUAUAUAAGUGUAAACUUGAUGUAAAACGUUGUGUAUUUCUAUGCAACUACUGUUAUAGAAAUGUAUUCAUCUGUUUUAAAAAAAAAUACAGUCUUGUAAAUUAUUAGAAUAUUUAGUGACUUUUCAAAAAUCUAAUUGAC